UUGACGUAAGUCCAGAUGGAAUGAAGGCCAUUGUGACCUUAUCAUGCGGCGAUAUGAGAAGAUCGCUCAACAUACUGCAGAGCACCAGCAUGGCAUAUGGGAAGGUGACGGAGGACACGGUGUACACCUGCACAGGUCAUCCUCUCCGCUCUGAUAUAGCCAACAUCCUCGAAUGGUCCCUCAACAAAGACUUCACAACGGCAUACAAGCUAAUCCUUCAGCUGAAAACUUUAAAAGGUUUGGCCUUACAUGACAUCCUCACUGAGGUUCAUCUGCUCAUACACAGAGUGGAUUUCCCUCCUGCCAUCCGGAACAGUCUCCUCAUCAAGCUGGCUGAUGUUGAACACAGGCUCGCCUCAGGAACCGAUGAGAAGAUCCAGCUGAGCUCCAUGGUCGCAGCUUUCCAGGCGGUGAGAGACCUGGUGGUCAACGAGGCCUCAUAAGUUCAGAAAUGGCUCUACCCCCCCCCCCCUGCAAACUUCUGAUUCUUGAAUGCACAGAGCUGCUGACGUUAUAUGGCAACCGUCACUGCGGUUUCAACCUCAAUGAAAACACGUCCAGAUUGAAUUCCCCACCUUUGUCGAGCCUUUUGUACGUAAUCUUAACUCAUUCAUUGAAAGUCCUUUGUUGUGCGACAAAGCCAGAACAAGCUAAGAAAAGGUGGAUUUUCUUUUCAACCUAACAGGUGAUUUCAUUGUUUUGUUCGAUUUCAUGCUGGGUCAGUCAGUGAAAUAUCUGGAGCUUGUUGAUUUUGGAAGUAAACAGAAGCCUUUAAGCGUCCGCUGCAUGUUUGCCCACCACCGCUGCACAGAGUUGAUGCUAGCAGCUAAAUGAGUCACUCACAUCUGCAUACAAACCGAGUAACAUGGGAGGCAGUGGUUUGUAACUGUAGUACCAAAACUGAGCUGUUCUUCAGGGCACUUAAAAUAUGGACAUUUAGCAAACGGUGGAGGAUGAAUCUGUGGUUUUAUAUUCAUUCAACCACUCAGAGAAACAUUAAACAUUCCCCAAAAAUGUUAAAACAAUGUAUAGAUGUGUAAGAAGAAGAAGUCUUGGACAUGAAUAUGACUUUUGUAUCUGUUUAAUAAAACUAUUUCCUAUAAGUCCA